GUAUUAGUUGACAAAUUAAAAAUAAGAAGAGAUGGCUCCCUAUCCUCCAUGUUGGUCUGGCGCUUGCGAAGAUCCAGAGUGUUGUGCUCGUGGAAAGAAGUGUAGGUGGCCAGAACUAGUUGGAAAAAGUGGGGAAAUUGCAAAAAUGACGAUUGAAAGAGAAAAUCAAAAUGUGUUAGCGAUUGUCCUUCGAGCAAGAGACGGGCGUAUUGACAACUUUUGCUGCAACAGAGUCUUUGUGGGUAUAGAUACCAAUGGAAAUGUUUUAAUAACUCCUCAGAUUGGUUGAUCUUUUAAAAAAAAACAAUAUUUAUUUUUCUAUGUUUUACCAUUAUGAGUAAU